AUGCCUAUUAAUAUUCUCCUCCAAUUAACCGUGUCUGUUUGGAGUAGUGCUGCCGCGGUCCGGUCCAGAACCACGGUUCGAACCGGACUUUUGGUCCGGUUCUCUGUGGUUCGGUCCAUGGUUCCCUCACCAGCCAGAACCGGACCGGAAAGCGGUUCUGGGUUCUGGACCUUCACUAGUGGUCCGGUUCUGGUUCGACUUUCCCGAACCUUCCUGAACCAUAUCUACUUGUUCUAGUCUAUAUGCUUCCUGGAUAGUCAUGAUCCUCCACCGGUUCUCAACUCUAACAGAUCUCCUUGGAUAUUGUUGCUCUGUGGUGUUAGG